AUGACAUCCAUGUCGAAGCAGCAUGGUCUGCAAGGAAGACUACAAGUAUCACUUGCUGCUGAGGGCGGGCAACAAACCUGCUCAGCAACCGAGCAGUUCCUUGCAGGGUUCGAGGAUGCUCCUGCCAUCGCCGCCACUAUCACUCCACGUGUGGACGUCCACGGCAAAAGACAAACGGCCACCGGGAGCAAGAGGCCCAAGUCAUCAGAGCACUGCGUCGGCGGAGACCCCGGCCCUCCAAGUCAGCGAGGCGGGCUGGAGACUGGAAGCAUUGGCGGCCCGUACGGUUGGUGGCCGAGUUCUUGCGACCGACAUUUGAGGAGAAGGAGGAGGAGCAGGAGCAGAUCGAGGGCGAACAUCACCACCACCAACGCGCCAAAGGCUCUUGUGGAUGGAGAGAUGGAGACGGCGCUAGCUGGAGGAUCGAGGCUUGCGAUGAAAGCUAUGCGCGCUGUGCAGCAGGCCAAUAAACAAGUGUGCUACGCAAAUCUUGAGACAGCGCGGAAGGAUAUCGCGCUUGGGGUGGAACGCCAGAAAUACAAGCGGCUAGAGGCGGACAUGUACAGAAGCAGAGUUGAGCUCGCGGAUACCUUAUGCAACGUGGAAACGGACCGCGAGAAGCACUAUAGCGAGAUGGCACAAGCCGAGGAACGCGCCAAAGAGUUAGAGGUGGCUCUUCGUGCGGCUGAUGAGGUGUUACGGCAGCUCACCGCCGAAACCAGGCAGAAGCGCCACGAUGCUGAGGAUCGAGAGGCCUCCCUACGCGCCCGCCUAGCCGCCCUGGAACGCAGAGCUGAGGCGAGCGAGCGCGAUUGCAGACAUCAGAAGCUCUCCACCUGGAGAACGAUUACGCGGGAGACGGAGCGGGCCGCGGCCCGCGAAAGUAUGUGCCUCUCUUUGCCCCCCACCGUCUCGUGCUCGCCGAAAAGAUAUCGAUUGGCAGCUUUUCUCCAGCGCUACGUUGUCGAAAAUGAGUUCUUGCGGGCUUCAAAGGCGAAGGCGGAGGAGUCUGCGUCGGACCUGCGCGAGGCUCUGAGGCAGACGGAGGGGAAGCUUGUGAAAGCGCUGGCUGCCGCUCCCGCUCCCGUACGCGGCCCCGAGACCCUCAUGUCUAACGCACGCAAGGCCACGUGGGCGAUGGAAAUGGCUAACGGGGGCGUGCAGGGCCAGGGGGGAGGCGCCGAAGCCGGCGGCGCUAGGAAGGGUCGACCCGACGGCGGCCCGCAAGCGCGAGGAUGGGGAGGAGGAGGGGCAGGAGCACCAGAAGGGCAGGCCGCUGCAGCUAACAACCCGCCCGCACAGCCUACUACUGCGGUCCCUGCCGUUUCGCACGCGGAGAUGGCCAUCCGGCGGAUGAAGGGCCAGGCAGGGGCGGCGCGCGAAAAGCGCUCCGACUUUUCUAGUGGUGGCGGCCGUGGCGAUAACGGUAGUGAACUUAGUAGCUGGAGCGGUAGCAACUGGGGCCGGGGCGGGAAGAGCGCUCAGAGGGCGGCCACCGCGAGCGUGCGGGGAGAGCUGCGGUACACGAGGGGGCUCGUCGCCGAGCUGUCGUUCUUGCUGUCGGCCACCGAGAGCGAGCGCGACUCCCUCGCGUCUCUCGUGGUCCUGGCGGAGCAAAGGAUGGAGCGCCUGGUCGUCAGCCAGGAGGAGCUGGCUCUCAAGCUGGCGUGGGGAAACAUGUCCAGCAUGGAGGAGCAGCACCACUACCAACAGCGCCGGUUCAAGCAGCAGCAGCAGAAGCAGCAGCAGCAGCAGUGCCUUCAGGUCGACGGCGAGGACGGAAGCUACGCGGGCGCUGUACGAGACCUUUCGGCCGCGACGGGCCAGCAGCCGAGGCAGAUCGAGGCCUCGGCUACUCUCGUGUCGGAAGAGGGCAGCGACGGCCACGACGUCCACCGCUCCCCAGACGACGGGCACGAACCGGCGACGAAUCCCGAGGGUGCACCGGCUACCGCAGCCACCUUCGAGAAGAGCAGGGAAGCUCUAGACAAGCUCGAGCUUGGGCGCAGGGUGCGCGAGCUCGAGGUUCUGCUGGAAGCUACGGAGGCCGGGGCGCGAGAGAUCGAGCAAGAGAACCGACGGCUGCAAAGCUUUCACGGCCGGUCUCCGCGGCCGUGGCAGUCCUGGAACGGCGGCGAAGGCGUGGUCAGCUCAACGGCCGGCGACGAUCCCUGCCGGCGGCACCACAGCGAAACCUCGAGGUCGAACGUGACAGCACCAGGAUCGGGCCGAGACGGGAGCCCUCGCCUAGACGGCGGCGAUGAAAGUGGCCGGGAGGCAGAGGAAACGAGCAGGACCGGUGCACGAAGCGGCCGGAGCAGCCGUGGACACGCGGGACACGGGCAGAAUUCCGUGUCUCUGCCGAUGUUGUCGGCGGCAGAGGUUGGUCGCGGCGGUGGUGAGAGCUCUGGCACACGGGCGGGAUCAGAGGUGACACUGGUGGCACAGACGGCAGAAGGCGCAGGGUUUUCGUUUUCAGAGCCGACGGGCUGGGACUGGACCCGGGAGAACGAUGCCACCUCUCGCCCUGAGGGUCGAUGUCGACCCCGUCCACCGCCGUUUGCCACGCAGAGACGCGGGGAUUGCUCUUGGGAGGAGCCCGGCAGCGGCAGCGGCAGCGAAGGCGGUGGCGGCGACGGCACAGAGGGCCGAGGAGAAUUCAGCAACGGCGAUGAAGCGGCCUCCCUCAUCAAGGGGCAGCUAGCUUGGGUCCUGGGGUUGCCUGCCGAAACGACGGAAACCCAGCUCCUGGCCGAGGUCAUGCACCUCGUGGUGGAGAGAGGCAGCGCCAACACCGACGCCGGCGUCUUGGAGGCCCAGCUCGGAAAGAUGGACGAGCAGUCGCUGUUUCUCACUCGGCUCGCGGCCGCUACCAUCACCUCGCACGGCGGGAGCGGCGGCCGCGAUCGCGGGCACGCUGUUCUCGCAGUGGGCGGUGCUGGUGGGGUGCGGAGGCGCGGCGAGGGUCACCGAGGAAGCAGCGGUUGCGGUCUAAACCUCGCCGACGUCGGGUCCGGCUACUCGAGCAACGCCACUUUUCUCUCCUCCCUUUCUCACGCCGAUGGCGGCGGCGGCGACGCGGGGGCAGUAAGAGGCGGCAGGCGUGCGACCCACCUGCCGACCGCAGGCAAAAAGCACGCGGACGGGGCCAACAGCACCACCAACGACGACACCAACCACGCCGUUGCCGCCCCGGCGACAGCAGCGGCAGCCCCUCCCAGGCAAAGAAGCACAGCGCCGGACAGGGGGGGGCGAGCAGGCCACAACGUGGAUGCCUCCGCCUUGCAGCAGGGGCCGGCGGGGAGAGACGGCGUCGGAGGGCACGUUGCCGAAAGAAGAGACAGCCCGAAGGGUGUAGGGCCGGCGGCGCCUUCGGCAGGGGCGGCGGCGGUCGAGGAGGAGAAAGCGGUUGCUUCUUUGACCACCGCGGAUGGGUCCGGCGGUGUCAGCAGCAGCGAGCCCUUGGACGAGAACACCGUCCGGACGACCUUUUCGAAGAUCGCCCAGGGUAGAGUAAUGUCGAUAGACGUCUUCUGCUCCAAGGUAUGUGGGAUAUUGAUCACCCGCUUGGUUUUGUCUCUCUGUUCUUUUUUGAGGGUUGACAGACUCGUGGCGGGCAGCACCGACAAGUGCGGGUUCCACUACAUGGACGCACCCGUCUCGAACACAAAGGGACGCGAUGUUGUAUUAUUGAGCUUGUCGGGCCCAGCUGCUCCUGCCCUGUCCUCGCACUUCACUCGCAACUACGCGAAUUUCCCUGAUUGCGUAGCAAAGCGCUCGGUGAAAGAGACGAGUCAAAAAUACAUGAAAAACGUCAUGGCCGAUGAACACACCCCACCUCUCACUGCCUUCAACCCCCCGAUUCCGUCGACGCUACCGCCGUCACUCGUUGGUGUCACCAUUUUCAAGGUUAUGUCGGAAGACGAGCGAAAGCAGGAGGAGGAGCGGGGCGAUGCUCGCGAAACGGGCGUCAAGAUGGACGACGUGGACUACGAGAUAAGGGUGGAGGCAUACGACCCGGUGGUGCUGAAGCACCACGUGCUGCACAUCCAGGACGAACACAUCAAGGGUUGCCUGAGAGCCCACCCGCACCUCUAUACGUUAGGGCAUAACGCAAACGCCCAAUACACUUUCUCAACAACCGACCCUCGAUUCCCUCCACGUCGCACGGACGUCUUCACUACCGGGGAUAGACCCAAUCGGACCCGGGUGCACGAGUCGCUGGUAGAACGGUUGGUCUUGAUGUCAGAAGAAGAUGUCAAGGCAGAACAAAGCCAGCAGGGGCGCGCGGGCGGCGGCGGCGGCGGCGGGGUUGCAAGUAGCGGCAUCAGCGGCGGCGGCGGCGGCGACGGCGGCGGCGGUGUUGGCAUGGACAGACCAUCAUCUGUGGCGUCCGGCGGGAGCAGCGGUGGAGGAGGCGGCGUUCGCGGAGGGGCGCCGUCGGGACCUGGGACGAAGCCGGGCGAGGAGCCCAAGCUACUCUUGGUCCUGAUCGGUGAUGCCGGAGAGUUGGUAACGGCUGAGAAGAGGCCGGAGGAGAACGCCGACGACACAGAAGGUGGAGCCGCGGUGGCGCCGAAGAAACGGGUGCACCGGCACGCUCAGAGCGCCAUCAUGCAGGCAAGGCUCUCUGCGUGUGUUGCUCUUCAGGAUCGGUCUGCUGAGGGGUUCCUUGCACGCUCACUGCAACGUAUAGCAAAGGAGGAGGAGGUCCUGGAAGGAGUCGUGUUCCAGUACGAGCCGCCCCUGAAGGAGGAGGUGGACCCCGGGCAGGCCGAGAUAGCAGCUAGGCUAUUAGCAGUAGAGUCCGAGGCCUCGUCACAGUGA